AUGGCUUGUGUCGCCCUUGGUCUGCAGCGCUUGAUCUUGGCUCAAAGUUCCACACCCUGGGCUUCAGCCAUGGAGCGGAGAAGAAUAGUGCCUGCGCUGGCACUUCUGGGCUCCGCAGCAUGGCUUCCACUGGCCUUCCUCACGCCAGGCAGACCAGUGCAGGAAAGCAGCAGACGUGCCGCGCUGGCAGGUGUUGCCGGAUCCCUGUUGCUUGACGCUGCGCCGGGAGCCAAUGCUGAGGAGGAAUUGACCCAGGAUCUGACAGUGUUGCGAACUGGGAAGACUCAGUAUGCCAAGAUGGACUAUCAGGUGUUGCGAGAGGGCAAGUGCGACGCAACGCAGAUGGGAGACCUUGUUAGGGUGAAGCACCGGGCCUGGCUGGAGAACUUCGAGGAGGGCCUGCCGUGGGAGCUCACACUGGUCGGCCGGAUGGAAGUCGGGCCUUACCAGGACCCCAAGAGAAUCAAAGUCGGAAAGACGCCUCUGACGCCUUACGACCCGCCUUCGCUGACCGAUGCGCUUCUGGGUAUGCGCCCGGGAGAGAUACGACGGGUAGUUGUUCCCCCGGAGUUUGCCUUUGGCCAGAAGGGGAGGAGCGUGAUGGAACCUAUGGAGGAUCAGGAUAUUCCGCCGAAUUCCACGUUGUAUUACGAGAUCGAGAUGGUGUGGUCGGGUCCUGCACAACUUUCGAACUGCAUUCGGCCGUAUGACGAAAGUGGAAGAUACACGCCCUUUCGACCUCCAGACAAGAACUGA